AUGGCUGUCGGAUCCCAGACCAAGACCCGCGAGGAGAUCGAAGUACCACACAAGCAAGAUGAUCUUCCGGAGUGCACUCACGUCGAGCAACGCCAUGACGAAAUGGGUGUGACUUCCAAUGAGGAUCCAGAAGUUGCUCCCAGAAACUUUCGAUCAGCUAGAGAAAAAGCCAGACUAAACAGCUAUCCUGACCGCAACGCUAUCACCGUGGCUCGCCUAGACGUAAUGGAAGACGAACUGAACAUGACUUCGACCGAGUACCAAACGUGCGUCUCGAUCCUCUUCGUGGGGUAUAUUCUGGGCCAGGCACCAAGCAACAUGCUGGUCACGCGAGUACGGCCCUCCCGGUUUAUGGCUGCAUCAAUGGCGCUUUGGGCCAUCGUCAGCACUCUGACUGCGGUGGCUAGGGACUUUAAAGGCCUGCUGGUUACCCGUUUCUUUCUUGGAAUCGCCGAAGCUCCAUUCUACCCAGGUGCUCUGUAUAUGCUUGCGACCUUUUACACUAGACAGGAAAUUGCGAAGAGGAUUUCCAUCCUCUUCACGGCCAAUAUCUGCGGCACCGCCUUCGCCGGGUUGAUUGCUAUCGGCGUGUUUCGAAUGGAUAAUGUAGCCGGCAUCACAGGGUGGCGCUGGCUCUUUAUCAUCCAAGACGUCAUCACUUUCGUCAUCUCAGUUGCUUCGGCUUUCAUCUUGCCUAAUGAGCCCUUCCAAACCCACUCGCUGUCAGAGGAUGAGCAGAGAUUGUCGCAUUCUCGAAUCGCCAACGACACCUUUCAUCUCCGAGCAAACACGAUAUAA